AUGGCUAGGCGCCAAGCUGUUUUGAAUCAAUCUGUUCUUGCAAAGAGCAUCAAAGCACCACCAUGCGACUGCCGGCGCAGGCCCGACGAAUCAGUUCUGCGACGUAAUCGUGCCUUUGUGCAUUUGGUUCUCGGUUGCCGUGGUCCAAUGGAUUCUUCAGACCCUGAUUUCGACAGCUACAGCCGCAAGUUGCAGUUGGGCGAAGAGCUUCUGAAGCUAGACACUGGCGAUUGGAGUUUGAGUGGUCACUUGGUUCAUCACUGCGGUGGCAUUGGUUGCUGCAGAGGAGGUUUGGACGAGACGCGGCGCAAGUUGUGGGCUUUCGUGUUUGGAUUGAAGCCCACAACACCUGCCAUUGCUCGCUGGACCAGCUGCGGCAAGGCCGCUCGGUACUACCUGUGUGCAUUGGGAUACCACCAAAUUCUGCGCGAAGGGUUUCGCCGACUACAUGGAAAACAAUCGUCGCUUGGUGUCUCUGGCGAUGAAGAUGUGACCGGUGCAGAAAUGAUUGAAGCCCAGUCGGGAGAUUCCACUGAUCUAUAUCGGAAAGUUCUCAGAGUCAAAGCGAAGAAGACAAAGGUUUGGUUGGAGAACGAAGACUCUGUGUACCGUCUUUUCAUGUCGGUCAUCAGUGUCCCCAAUGGAGCGAAUCAUGUACCAGUUCAUGAAGUGGCAGGAAAAUGA